AUGCUUUCCAGACUGCUAGAGGCUUAUGAUAUCGGACCUUUGGUGGUCGCUGCAACCAGGGUGCCAAAAGACAAAGUCGCGUUGCGAGUGGAAGCUGAAAUAAGAGACCUCUGGUUUUGGCUAGGUCGUACUCUAGAUUAUGCCUUCACUAACCUCGGACUUGACAAGGCCGGAGACACCCUUUUCGAAAACCAUUUACUCCCCUUUUGGACGAGCUACCUUACCUACUACAAUUCUAAUGUACACGAGACACUUCAAGUAUCGAUGUGUUCGAUAUUGGAGAAGCAUUCGCGUCCGUAUUUAAAGACACUGUUGUAUACGGUUAAAAACCCUGAUGUUACUUUGCAUCUAGAAGAAGAAUUGAAAAAUAAGAUGCUGAAGAUCUGGAUCGAUGAUGAGACUCCUGUCGUGAGAGUGCUCCUGAGCGUGAUUAUAGUGAAAACAGAAGGGAAUGAAAAUACGCUGUACGGAAGCGCGCUACAAAAAGCUGCAGGUGUUUAUAUUAAUCGGCGUCAGUAG